CUAUACGUGUCAUAUAUCUGCAUAAGAUUAAACACAUUAAACCUCCAAAAAAAAAAAAAAAAUAUUCUUGUAAAGUGGAAACUGUGCAAUUACACGAAGUUUUUCUUAAACUUGUUCUUAGGUUUACGAGAAAAUGUCACAACCAUCAGCAAAAAAAGCGAGACAAGGGCGAGCAACAAAAGAACAAUUGGAGGCAAUGGUGGAUUAUUUUGUUAUUAAUCCUCAUGUUGCAACCGGCAAAUUUAUAUCGUUGCAAGGGCAAGCUGAUCUUCAAGGAAGUUGGGAGGAACUGGCCAGCCAACUAAAUGCAAUGUCCAAAAGUGGCAAGGAGAAAGAUGUUGCUUCUUGGAAAACUACAUGGAGGGACAGCAAAACGAAAGUUUCAGAAAAGAUCUCGAAACUUCGCGCCGCUCGUGCACAAACAGGCAAUAGGCCAGUUGAAAAUCAUCUCACGGAGAUGGACAAAAAAAUUCUGGGGAUUAUUGGCUACGAUUUUGUUGAGGGAGUUAAUAAUUCCAUCGAUAGCUUUCCUGAAGAACAGGAGUUUGCUAAUGAGGUACUGGCAGCAGGAAACUCAGAGAUUCUUGAUAGGGCACCUAUUGUCAUCUCGUGUCGUGCCGAAAAUGAAAAUGCAAUAAUUUUCAACGAAGACAAUCCCACGACUUCUGAAGAAUUGGUUUAUGAUGCCGGAGGUAAUGACGAUGUCUACAAUAAUGCACCGGAGGAAAUAGAAAAUACACCACCUGUUCCUACUCCUAUAAAAAAAAUUGCAAGAAGAAAAAGAAUUAGUACCGAGAGAAUUGGCGUUCAAUUCUCAGAAGCCAGAGAAGUAUUUCAGGCGAUCGAGGCGCAAAAUGCUAAUACGAUGAAUGUUUUAGCCCAAAGUACGCAAUUGCAGGCGGAAGCAGCAUCUAAGCUUGCAGAUGCUGCUUUAAUGAUGGCAGAAAACGAUAAGAGGAGGAAUGACAUUUUUGAAAGGAUGGUCGAAUAUGAUCGCGUACGAAAUGUCUUGCUCGAUAGUCUCACUAGAAUUCUAGAAACUUCGCUUUCAAGAAAGUCAUGAUAAAUAGUAGAUUAAUAGUCGUAGAUGAUAGAUA